CAUCACAUCGCUUUGGACCUUUGAUUCCGGUUGGCUGUGGUCAUUGGUCAGUUGGGAUCUGACUGCUACCUCACGUGCGAAUCCGUCCUCAGCUUUCAACGACACCAGUCGAAUCAUCGCACAAGGAAGUUAUUGGGUAAGAAGGCAAGGGAGUAACUCGUGGCUUGUAUCUUACUUUGAGUGAAAGGUUCCAACCUCGUAUCUAUUCCAAUUUUAAUCAAGCCGACGUGAUGGACUGCGAUGACAACGGUAUAAAGAGUGGUUCAUCCACAUGGCUUCCACCUUCAAGCUCUCUCGCCGAGAAUGACCUUGUCGAAGACAUCGGCGACCUACACAUCAACUCCGCCCCGAGCACAUCCUAUCGUUCCCUUAACGACCUUCCCGUGGAGAUUCUUCGCGAAAUUGUCGAAGAGCUCAACUCCACACGACCAUCAUUAUGACUGGGACUGGGACUACUGCUCAGUCUGUCAUGGAGGAGAAAAUUGUGAACUGGACUAGUCCGACCUUCGCAACCUUCGCCUUGUCAACCGCCUCUUUUCUAGCCUCGCCACUUCUGCUCCCCCAUACUCACAUUGACAUCAGCCAGACCGCCCUCGACACGCUGGAGCAGCUACUGGUGAUGCCCCAUCUCGCAUCUGGCGUUCGCUCUAUCAAGCUGCAAAUGGCAUACCGAACCAAGGCUCUGGCGGAGGCCCCGGUUUAUUUCACUAACACCCGCCUCCAACUUUUGAAUAAGCUGGUAGAGCGAUAUGGAGUCGGCCGAAAUCCCACUCCUAGUAUUGGCUUCCUGGACCCACACGGUGAGUUUAUUUCAGAGCCCGCCGAGUCGUGCGAGGCCGCUAGCAAUUUUGACGAGAUAUGCAAGAGCUGGAGUUUGAUGAUGGAAAUCUGGGAGGAGCCUGCGUUCGACACGUCUCAACAAUGCGAAAGAGAUGAGUGGAGCUCCAUUCUCCGCAACAGCUAUGAGCGGUUCAAGGCUCUCCAUUUGGAACAGUCCCGCCUUGUCGAAGAUGGAAUCUUUGCCCAAAAGGUUGCGUCGGCAAUCAAACGACUAGGAAAAGUUGAGCACCUCGUCUUUUAG